UUUAGACUUGAUUGUUCAAGCUAAAUCUGGAACAGGGAAAACGUGCGUCUUCAGUGUUAUAGCUCUCGAGGGAAUAGACCUCAGCAAUCCAUCCACCCAAGUUCUGGUUCUAGCUCCAACAAGAGAGAUUGCAGUCCAGAUUCAAGAUACUAUCCGAGCUAUAGGAUGUGAGAUGAAGGGACUAUGUUGUCAUGUGUUUAUUGGAGGUACUCUAUUCGGACCAGACAGGCAGAAGUUGAAGAAAUGCCACAUAGCUGUUGGUACACCAGAUAUGCAUCGUGUUCAUCAUAACAACUACUAACAUAGGCGGAUCCAGAGGGUUCGAGGGCCCCUCCCCCUAUUGACGGAGCAAAUAAAUUGGGAAAAACGGGGAAAGAAAGAAAAAAAGAAGGGGAAAGAUAGGAGAAAAAAAGAAGACGAAACAUAAAAGGAGGAAGACGAGUGAAUAAAAUAAGGUAUCUCGAUUCUAAAAAAAAAAUUAAGGCCUAUGCCAACGCUGUGCUCUCGCAUUUUGGUCGUAUUAAACAACUGAUUGAGUAUGAAGUUUUGAAGACUGGAACCAUCAGGCUUUUCAUAUUAGAUGAAGCUGACAAACUUCUUGAUAAUACAUUUCAGGAGCAGGUCAAUUGGGUGUACAACCACCUUUCUGAUAACAAACAAAUGUUAGCACUCUCUGCAACAUACCCAGAGUACCUUGCCAGUCAUCUCACAAAGUACAUGAGAGAACCCAUGUUUGUUAGACUUAAUCCAAAGGACCUUGCACUAAGAGGCAUCAAGCAACUAUAUGUGGAAUUACCAGGACACUCUCUUCCUAAUAAGGCAUUUGAAAUCAAGGUUAUUAAACUACUGAAAAUCCUGACUCAAGUAUCCUUCACUCAAUGUCUCAUCUUUUCCAACCUUCAGACAAGGGCUCAGAAUCUGUGUGACAUACUCUGUGAUAGUGGAUGGCCAAGUGAAUGUAUAUCAGGAGCUCAUGAGCAGUCUCAACGAUUACUUGCUAUGGCUAGGCUUAAGAAAUUCCAGUGCAGGAUCCUUAUAUCUACAGAUCUAACUGCAAGAGGUAUUGAUGCUGAGAACGUCAACCUAAUCAUCAAUCUGGACAUUCCAGCUGACACCAAGACGUACCUUCAUCGCAUUGGCAGAGCAGGGCGCUUUGGAACUCAUGGUGCUGCCAUUAGUCUUGCUUCCAAGGGUAGAGAGAUUGAACUUCUCAGGAACAUUCAACGUCAGUGUAGAGUCAAAAUGACAGAACUACCUGAUCCUGCCCCAUCUGAUUUGUUGAAGCAGGAACUUAACUUGACUGGAUUUCAACAGGUUUCCAUUACACCAGAGUCUCUUGACCCAGCAAAUGAGGAAGAUUCUACAACAGAUAUCCCCACAUUUAGUCGAGAAAACAAUAUUCAAGAUAAAGAAGACACCAUACCAACUUUAACUUCAAAUGGGGUGGUUGAUGAAUAUUGUUCACACCAGGUGGGUAUCAAUGGGAGUCUUUCCAAGAUGAAAGCUGAUUCUGACACUUUAAUAGAUGGGAAACCAACAAAGAUUGUAGACAGUACAGAGGACAUGAAAGCUACAUGUAUACCAAAGAGAAGAGUUAAGGAACCACAAACUGUAGAUGCAUGUAUUCAAACUUCACAGGAAGAUGUAGUGCAACUGAAGUCCCUGACAUCACAGUUCAAGGAUGUUAGAAGUGAAGAUUACAGGGACAGACCUACAUUACCUAUAGGAUUUGAAGAUGCACCAGAAGUUAGGAAGCUCUCUCUUCUUCAGUGGUCUCAAGUAAAAAGUGGACAUGAAACAAGAAAAGCUUGUACCUGGUAUGAUAGUAAAGAAUCAUUUGAAAAGUACAUGAUAAAAAAGACUCAGGUUCAAGGGUCAGAAGGUGAAAGGGUAGAUGAGAUGACAAAUGUCAUCGAGCACAGUGAUAAUGAUGUCCAUGAUGAGAUUGUAUGUAAUGGUCAUGACAUUAUUCAAAAAAAGUUCCAGGGUUUAACACCCACUGAUGAGAUAGAAAUAUACAGGGCUCAACUAUACAAUUCAUUUAUGAUGUGCAGUCACUUGGGAAAACGAGACAUCUCUAAAAUUAAAAUUGAAAAUAGUGAGGAGGCAGCAGUCGCUGUAAGAGAAUCAAAAGAGACAGAGUAUAUAGAUAAUGUGACUUCUGUAUUAGAUGUUUCUUCAGAUGGUAACAAAAAAAAGGGAAUGGAAAAGAAGCAAGAUGAAACUCUGACAGAGUGUACUUCAGAGGCAACCAAAGACAAUCAAGAAAGUGAGGAGAAAAUCACUGUUAACCAGGAUGAUAGUUCAGGUAUACUUCUUCAUCAAGUCUCCUCUAAUCCACUAGAUAGUCAACCUAAAAAUAAACCUAAAACUAAACCAAAGGUUGUGAGUUCUGUUGGAUGGAAGAAGAAAGGGAAACAGCAAAGAAUCAAACAUCAUGUUUUCCAGAUGAGUACCCUUGGUGCUCUGAUGUCUCCUAAAGAACUUGAUAUAGCUCUCAUCAGUAAUCUAACUGCAAGCUCGUGUGAUGGUGAUAUGGACACUGAUACUGACAAAGAAAAAGUUCACAAAUUACACAUGGCACAUCAAGGUCACCAGAGCAAAGAUGAAUAUGAAGAAAGUCCAAUAUCAGACUUGAGUGAAAGAGAAACUUUGAAAAUUGAACAAGCAACACCUUUAGUUCAAGAAAACAUUCCCCUAGAAAAGGAUAGCUCUACUUUGACAGUAAAUGACCCGGUGUGGGCCAUUUUCAAGAAUUACAUUCCAGCAUCUCUUCCACCAGAAGCUGUCAGAAAAAACACCACACUGUCCGAAACUGGAGAAUCUUCAUCAGAUCAGUCAUCAAGCAGUUUGUAUGAAAGUGAUACAAGCACCUGCAGUACAUCGUCAAGUGAAGAUGAAUGUUCUGGCAGCAGCACAGAUGCAGAAGGUAAAGAAUACAUCAAGGAUACUUCUGAUAACAACCAAAGGAGUAAGUUGGAAGGGAAGAACCCUGGUACAGGACACCACUACACAAACCAAGUUAAAGCAAAGGUGAAGGAUCAUUCUAAAACCAGUGAUGGCUUCGCAUACAAUGAAGAUUCUGAGGGACAUGCUUUAUAUCAAAAUCCAGUCCACCCUAGCUCAUACUGGACAACAGAUCUUUCUAGUAAUCAGUCAAGUAAUGUAGAUGGCUGGCAAUACAAUGAAAGCUAUUAUGCCACUGCUCCAGUGACUAGAUACCGUGGAUGGCAUUAUCCAGGUUAUUCUUCUCAGCAUUGUUGGAAUGACUAUUAUAAUGAAUAUCAACAACCAUACACACACUACUCCUAUUUAACUUCUUUAAGGUGAAUAUUCUUGAAAAGGUAGUCCACUAGUAAAAUAUGGCAUGUCAUUUGGAGGUUGCAUAAAAUCAUGAAAUAAUUGAUUUUUUUUACAGAAAAUAAUUACGUAUUUGCAAUUGUUGGAAGUGACAACCAUCUUUAUUUCUUCAAGUUGAUGAUUAGAGGUCUAUAUGAUGCAGUGGCAAAAAAAUUAUUAUGUGUAGACAAUGAUAAAACCUUCAGUAAUUUACAGUUUCCAACAAAGACAGAGUGACACCUCUGUGCUGGGACAAAAGUUGAUGUGCUCAUUCGUGAGUAGGGUCUAUAAAGUACAUAUCUGUAAAUUUUACCUCUAUUAGUCUAGCAACACUUUGCUUAGUGGUGCUUAGAGUAUAAAGUGAAUUCGACAGCAAACUAUGCAAUGGUCAGUUAAUAUCAGCUUUAAUUUUAUUCACCCAAUGAAAUAUACAAUACAUGUGUAUUUAUGCUAAGUUCACACAGCCAAUCAGAUCAAGUUUGAUCAAGCCUGAUCAUCAAUUUUACCCAGACCAAUCCCGACUAAAUGCUCGAUCGUAUUUCAAAAUGACCCCUUCUGGACCGCUUUUCAAUAAUUUCCAACCUUCACCCAAACUUUUAUAAUUCUUCGAAUUCAUAUCCUUAAAAAAAUACAUUGAUCUUUACUUGAAUAGGAGCAUAUGCACAAAGGAAAUGGUGAAGGGAAAUCUGGGUGAGGAAAUGGUUUUUGUAUGUUCUGCAGCACCAGAUCCAGAUUUGUGAGAUGUCUUUACAAAGAAGGUUGACUGAGUCGAAAUACCCUUGUUGAGCGAAUGCGAUAAGGCUAAAAUAAACUUAAUUGGGAUUGAUUGAGUUGAUCUGAUUGCCAGUGUGAACCUAUCAUGUGAACUGAUCCACAGUGUGCUGCACUCAACCCAGGUGAGGUAAAUGGGUACCGGUAGGAAGUAAUUCCUUAAAAAGCUGUGUGCACUAUGAACGCCUAGCUUAGCCGGGUAAUAUAGGAGCGCCUUGAGCACCUAACAAGGUGGAUAUGUGCGCAAUAUAAAUACCCUAUAUUAUUAUUAUCAUUACUUGGCAGUUAUAGCUUUUUCUCCUGGUCAUACCAUUGUUGUAUGACUUGUAUCCCCAUGAGUACCCAACAACUAGCCAUGGCUAUGUAAUUUAAAUUAGUUUUUCAUUUUCAUAGCACAAAAUUCAAAACAUUUUGGCCUGUAUUCUAAAGUUGGGUUUCAUUUAAACUCUUGUUUAAAGGCCUGGUUCCACUGGCCAACAGACACAAAAAGUGUUCAUAAUGGAUACAGCAGACAAGCAAAAUUUCAUGGUGGCUCCAUCCGUUUUCAACUGCUCCAGACAAUGGACAAAAUGGAAACUGAAAUCAUAGUGGACGGAUGCUUGAUGGAUAUAGAGCGUAUAAAAAAUGUAUACAAAUAGUACACAAAGGAUACAUAACGUGUUCCAACGGAUGGCAGGAAUUUUUUCUGUUUUAAAUCCUCUCUGCAUCCGUAAGUGCAGUGGGACCGAGCUGUAAAGUUGUGGUUUAACUCUGGAUAACCAAUUGUGACAUAUAUCUAACAAUAGAAGUUAAAUGUAUCAGCUAAUUUGACUCUCAAAUCAUUCUUAAUUGUCUGGGAAAUAUUAAUAAGAUAAUUGUCUGUCUGGGAAAUAUAAAGAUAAUUGUCAGUAAAGAUAAGAAACAUGGAAUGUAAACAAAUUUUUGACAUUUUUGGAUUCCCAUAAUUUUAGCACAAAGUUAGACCACGGUCUAACUAGUUAAACCCGACUUCUGAACAUGGGCUUAUGAAUAACUCGUAUUUACAUGUACAUGUUGAGGGCAAGUAGAAUAGAUCCAAGCUAUCCAUUGUUUUGCUUAUGCUCAAAUCUUAAGCUUUAGUGUAAGUGGGAAUAUCCAUUAGCGUUCAAAGUAUUUCAUCUAUAUCAGAAUACAUAGGUACGAUGUUAUCCAUUGCACGCUCGUCAAGACGGCCAGUGCUGCUCGUGUUUGCAGUAUGUGUGCUGUAUGUAUGCAACAAUCAAAUUUAUACAAAAUGGCUUAUCUAUUUUGGGUGUCAUAUAAAUCAAAUAAUGAAAGUUUUUUUCAUUCGUUGAAUGGACAGAAUACUUUGUUUGGUGUUGAAUGGAUUAUUUCAUCUGUAAACUCAUGAAAUAUUCUGCCCAUUGCACUCAUAAACAGUCGUUAUUUGUAUACUUUUGUUGCAAGAAAGAUAGAGCUGGUGAAAAUUUGAACUCCUUUUCAUUGGUCAGUUAUUUUACAUUUAUUGGGUUCUUCGUAGUCCAUGCUAUUUAAUGUACGUAUGAAGAACAGUAAACAUGUAACACAAUAAAGAAACUAUUAAAAGUGA